AUCAUAGCUGUCCUUGGAAUACAAUUUCUUUAUUCACAAUCCAGGUUUACUCUUCCUGAACAUAGUCAAGUACUCAGAAAUCACCAUGAAUCUGAUAUACCUUUUUGUAUAUGUAUUCUGUUUGUUUUUCUUAGAGCUUGCUGCUGCCAUAGACACCAUGAAGUCAUCUCAAUUCAUCAAUGACUCUGAGACCAUAAUAUCCACUGGUGGUUCCUUCGAAUUGGGAUUCUUCAGUCCAGUUAACACGACCAAUCGGUAUGUUGGAAUAUGGAGCAAGGACAAGUUUCGAGCAGAUGUUGUAUGGGUUGCUAACAGAGACAAACCUCUCAAGGAUUUAACGGGGAUUGUGACUAUGUCUGCAGACGGAAAUCUUGUGGUGUUGAAUGGACAAAAAGAGAUUAUUUGGUCAUCAAAUGUUUCCAAUGCAACAAACAGUUCUAGUGCUCAGCUGCUAGAGACAGGAAACCUUGUUUUGCGGGAUAAUAUUAGUGGAAAGAACUUGUGGGAGAGUUUUCAAAACCCUUCUAAUACAUUCUUGGCAGGGAUGGAAAUUAGUACUAAUUCGCGAACAGGUAAGAAAGUGCAGCUGACAUCAUGGAAGAGCCCUUCGGAUCCAUCCAUGGGAAGCUUCUCGUGUGGUAUAAUACACACCCGUGUUAAUCCUGAAGUUUUCAUUUGGAACAACAAUCGCCCAUAUUGGAGAAGUGGUCAAUGGAAUGGUCAGGUCUUUAUAGGAGUGCCUUCUAUGUACUCUUUUUCCAGUGAUGGACUUGAUGUUGUAGUUGAUCAAGACGGAACUACUUCUUUGCACUUCAAAAUUUUCUUAGCAUCUAAUAGUGCAUACUUUGUUUUGGCUUCUCAAGGAAAACUUGUAGAAAGAGUUCGAAACCAGGCGGCAGACAUCUGGUCAUCCUUUGUAUCCGAGUGUGAUAUUUAUGGGCACUGUGGACCUUUUGGAAUUUGUAAUAGCCAAACUUUUCCAAUGUGCAGUUGCUUGAGUGGGUUUGAACCCAAAAAUAGCAUAGAAUGGAAGAGUGGAAACUGGACUAGUGGAUGUGUAAGGAGUCAACCACUGCAAUGUGAAAGAAUAAACAGUGGGCUCCAAGAGGGAGAAGAAGAUGAUUUUUUGAAGCUGGAGUUCGUGAAACUGCCAGACUUUGCACAGUGGUCAUCUAACCAAGAAAACGAUUGCAAACAGGAAUGCUUGAAAAAUUGCAGUUGUGCAGCUUAUGCAUUUGAUAGUGGUAUUGGUUGUAUGUCAUGGAGUGGAAACUUAAUUGACAUAAAACAAUAUAUUCCGAAUGUUGACCUACAGAGAAAUGUCGAAAAUCUCUACGUUCGCCUGGCAUAUUCGGAAAUCGAGUCAGAGAGGAGAAAAACCAUGGAAGUGGCGAUCAUAGUUGCAGGAAUUGUUGGAACAAUUACCAUUGCUAUUUGCACUUAUUAUUCUUGGAGGUGGAUGGGUAAAUAUCGAGCAAGGAAGGGAAAGAGCAAGGAGAUGUUGUUUGAUACAAAUGAUGAAAAUAUGAACAGAGAUCAAACGAACCAAUUUGAACUCCAGGAAGUCCCAUUAUUCCUCUUACAAAAGCUAGCAGUUGCAACUAAUAAUUUCCAUAUUGAUAAUAAGCUUGGACAGGGUGGUUUCGGACCAGUAUAUAAGGGGAAAUUACUGGAUGGACAGGAAAUAGCAGUAAAAAGACUUUCAAGAGACUCUGGACAAGGGCUCAAAGAAUUUAUGAAUGAGGUUGUGGUGAUCUCUAAACUGCAGCAUCGGAAUCUUGUAAGACUUCUUGGUUGCUGUGUUGAAGGAGAAGAAAAGAUGCUGAUCUAUGAGUACAUGCCAAAGAAUAGCUUGGAUACCGUUCUCUUCAGUUCUUCGAAACAAGAAUCUUUGGAUUGGAGAAAACGAUUCAACAUUAUUGAUGGAAUUGGUCGAGGACUUAUGUACCUCCACAGGGAUUCAAGACUGAAAAUUAUUCAUAGGGAUCUGAAGGCAAGUAAUAUAUUGUUGGAUGAAGAGCUGAAUCCUAAGAUUUCAGACUUUGGAAUGGCCAGAAUUUUCAAGAAAAAUGAAGAUCAAGUUAAUACACAAAGAAUCGUUGGGACAUAUGGCUAUAUUUCCCCCGAGUAUGCAAUGGGAGGACAUAUUUCGGAGAAAUCUGAUGUUUUUAGCUUUGGGGUAUUGUUAUUGGAAAUUAUCAGUGGAAGAAAAAACACCAGUUUUUAUCAGGAUGAACAUUCUCUAAGCCUUCUAGGAUUUGCCUGGAAAUUGUGGAAUGAAAACAACAUUGCAACUUUAGUGGAUCCAUCAAUUGGCGAUUCACAGAAUGAAGUGGAAAUUGUGAGAUGCAUACAUGUGGGACUGUUGUGUGUACAAGAAUUCGUGAUUGACAGGCCAACUAUGUCAAAGGUCCUUUCAAUGCUUCACAGUGAAAUCUUGGAUCUUCCUGCUCCAAGACAACCUGCAUUUACUGGAGGCUGUAUUAUUAGGGACACGGAGUCCUCUCAAAACAAAUGGUCUGUUAAUACCCUCACAGUUACAACUGCUGAUGGGAGAGUAUUUCUGGAAACCAAGUUUUUCAAAAAGGUUAUUUACCAAGAGGUUCUACGAUUCUCUUCUCCAGUUAUUAUUGUCUUUCAUUACAGUCCAACUGUAAGAACAGUCAGAGAUAAAGCUGAACACUUCAUUCGAUGGAUGCCAUCGGAUGACUCUUGGACUAAGGUAAAUACAGAUGGAGCUUUGCGGGCUGACGUGAACUGUGCAACAACAGGAGGAGUUAUUAGAGAUUCGGAUGGGAAAUGGGUGAAUGGCUUCUCUGUUAAUAUAGGGAGCUGCUCGGUGCAGAAUGAGGAGCUGUGGGGGUUCUUGUUGGGCUUCAAAAAGCUUGAGAACUUGACUCAUUUAGUCUUGCGCAUAAAACAACUGUUAAGUAGAGAUUGGGUGGUUCGGGUUAAUCAUGUUUAUUGCGAGGCAAAUUAUUGUGCAGAUAGUCUGGCCAAACUCGGUUUUGAUCUGCCUCAGGAUGCUUGGACAUUGUGGAAUAAAAGGAACAUUGCAGUUUUAGUGGAUCCAUCGAUCGACGAUUCACAUAAUGAAGUGGAAAUUGUGAGAUGCAUGCAUAGUAGCGUAGCCAACUUAAUUGUUCUUCGUCUUUCUUCUUCUUCUUUCCUUUUUAGAUCUUCGUCUUUCAGUUCCAUUGAAGUGAUGAGAGAUCGACCUAUAAGAGUUGGGAAAUCCCUGAUAUCAGAAAAUAAAACCUUUGAAUUGGGUUUCUUCAGUCCUGAGAAUUCUACAUUGAGCUAUGUGGGUAUUUGGUACCAUAACAUUCAGCCUCAAACAGUUGUCUGGGUUGCUAAUAGAGAAACCCCAAUUUCUGAUGAUUCUGGGGUUUUAACUAUUGGGGGUGAUGGGAAUCUAGUGAUUUUAUCUGCAAAUGAGCCUCUAGUCUGGUCAAGCAAUGCUUCAAUUUUGCAACAGUUGUUUGGGUUGCUAACAGAGAAACCCCAAUUUCUGAUGAUUCUGGGAGAAACUCCAAUUUCAUAUGAUUCUGGGGUUUUAACUAUUGGGGGUGAUGGGAAUCUGGUGAUUUUAUCUGCAAAUGAGCCUCUAGUCUGGUCAAGCAAUGCUUCAAUUUUGUUUGGGUUGCUAACAGAGAAACCCCAAUUUCAGAUGAUUUUGGGAGAAACCCCAAUUUCAGAUGAUUUUGGGGUUUUAACUAUUGGGGGUGAUGAGAAUCUGGUGAUUUUAUCUGCAAAUGAGCCAAUCAAGACCAUUCUCAGCCGAUGUGGCACUCCAACACUCCCCUUCACACAUGGGCUGGGCUUUGUUUACCCUAGACACCAUGGGAAGGUGAUAAGUGCGGUGAACGAAGUUUCAUACCUGUCCUUAGAAUACAAUUUCCUUAUUCACAAUCCAGCUUUACUAUUCCUGAACAUAGUAAAGCAAUCAGAAAUCACCAUGAAUCUGAUGUGCCUUUUUGUAUAUGUAUUAUGUUUGUUUUUCUUAGAGCUUGCUGUUGCCGUAGACACCAUCACAUCAUCUCAAUUCAUCAAUAACUCUGAGACCAUAAUAUCCCCUGGUGGUUCCUUCGAAUUGGGAUUCUUCAGUCCGGAUAACACGACCGAUCGGUAUGUUGGAAUAUGGACCAAUGGCAAGUUUCAUGCAGAUGUUCUAUGGGUUGCUAACAGAAACAAGCCUCUCAAGGAUUUUACGGGGAUUGUCACCAUGUCUGCAGAUGGAAAGCUUGUGGUGUUGAAUGGACAGAGAGAGAUUAUUUGGUCAUCGAAUGUUUCCAAUCCAACAAACAGUUCUUCUGCUCAGCUGCUAGACACAGGAAACCUUGUUUUGCGGGAUAAUAUUAGUGGAUUGACCUUGUGGGAGAGUUUUCACAAUCCUUCUAAUGCACUGUUGGCAGAGAUGAAAAUUAGUACCAAUUCGCGAACAGGUAAGAAAGUGCAGCUGACAUCAUGGAAGAGCCCUUCGGAUCCAUCCAUGGGAAGCUUCUCGUGUGGUGUAAUAAGCACCCAUGUUAGUGCUGAAAUUUUCGUUUGGCACAACAGUCGCCCAUAUUGGAGAAGUGGUCCGUGGAAUGGUCAGGUCUUUAUAGGGUUGCCUUCUAUGAACUCUUUUUACAGUGAUGGAUUUGAUGUUGUAGAUGAUCCAGACGGAACUACUUCUUUCAACUUCAAAUUUUCCCCAGCAUCUAAUAGUUCAUACUUUGUUUUGGAUUCUCAAGGAAAAGUUGUACAAAGACAUCGAAACCUAGCGGCAGACAUCUGGUCAUCCUUUGUAUCCGAGUGUGAUAUUUAUGGGUACUGUGGACCUUUUGGAAUUUGUAAUAGCCAAGAUUUUCCAAUAUGCAGUUGCUUGAGAGGUUUUAAACCCAAAAGUGGCAUGGAAUGGGAGAGUGGGAACUGGAGUAGUGGUUGUGUAAGGAGUCAACCACUGCAAUGUGAAAGAAUAAACAGUGGCCUUCAAGAGGGCAAAGAAGAUGGUUUUUUGAAGCUGGAGUACGUAAAAGUGCCAGACUUUGCACAGUGGUCAUCUAUCCCAGAAAUCGAUUGCAAACAGGAAUGCUUGAAAAAUUGCAGUUGUGCAGCCUAUGCAUUUGACAGUGGUAUUGGUUGUAUGUCAUGGAGUGGAGACUUAAUUGACAUAAAACAGUAUAUUUUGAAUGUUGACCUAUGGAGAAAUUACGAAAAUGUGGUAGUUCUUUAUAUUCGCCUGGCAUAUUCAGAACUCGAGAAGAAAAAAAACAUGGAAGUGGUGAUAAUAGUUGCAGCAAUUGUUGGAACAAUUACCAUUGCUAUUUGCACUUAUUAUUCUUGGAGGUGGAUGGCUAAAUAUAGAGCAAGGAAGGGAAAGAGCAAGGAGAUGUUGUUUGAUACAAAGGAUGAAAAUAUGAUCAGAGAUCAAACGAACCAAUUUGAACUCCAGGAAGUACCAUUAUUCCUCUUACAAGAGCUAGCAGCUGCAACUAAUAAUUUCCAUGUUGAUAAUAAGCUUGGGCAGGGUGGUUUCGGACCAGUAUACAGGGGGAAAUUACUGGAUGGACAGGAAAUAGCAGUAAAAAGACUUUCAAGAGACUCUGGACAAGGGCUCAAAGAAUUUAUGAAUGAGGUUGUGGUGAUCUCUAAACUGCAGCAUCGGAAUCUUGUAAGACUUCUUGGUUGCUGUGUUGAAGGAGAAGAAAAGAUGUUGAUCUAUGAGUACAUGCCAAAGAAUAGCUUGGAUACCGUUCUCUUCAGUUCGUCGAAACAAGAAUCUCUGGAUUGGAGAAAACGAUUCAACAUUAUUGAUGGAAUUGGUCGAGGACUUAUGUACCUCCAUAGGGAUUCAAGACUGAAAAUUAUUCACAGGGAUAUGAAGGCAAGUAAUAUAUUGUUGGAUGAAGAGCUGAAUCCUAAGAUUUCGGACUUUGGAAUGGCCAGAAUUUUCAAAAAAAAUGAAGAUCAAGUCAAUACACAAAGAAUCGUUGGGACAUAUGGUUAUAUUUCCCCUGAGUAUGCAAUGGGAGGACAUAUUUCAGAGAAAUCUGAUGUUUUUAGCUUUGGGGUAUUGUUACUGGAAAUUAUCAGUGGAAGAAAAAACUCAAGUUUUUAUCAUGAUGAACAGUCUCUGAGCGUUCUAGGAUUUGCCUGGAAAUUGUGGAAUGAAAGGAACAUUGCAGCUUUAGUGGAUCCAUCAAUUGGUCAUUCACGGAUUGAAUUGGAAAUUGUGAGAUGCAUACAUGUGGGACUGUUGUGUGUGCAAGAAUUCGUGAUUGAUAGGCCAACUAUGUCAAUGGUCCUUUCAAUGCUUCACAGUGAAAUCUUGGAUCUUCCUGCUCCAAGACAACCUGCAUUUACUGGAAACUGUGUUGUUAGGGGCAUGGAGUCCUCUCAAAACAAAUGGUCUGUUAAUACCCUCACAGUUACAACUGCUGAUGGGAGAUAAGGGAAAAUUGAUUUUUUUUUU